AUGGAAAGUCCAUUUGAUAAAUUAAAAAAAACUUUCAUGAAUGGAAUCUUUGAUCAAAAUAAGGUUUCAGAAGCUUUACAAGAACGAGUUGAAAGACAAUCAGGAAUAAAAGUACAAGAAUUACACUCUUAUCCUUUUUUACAUAGACUUCCUAUCCUUCCAGAUUUUAUUAGGUAUAUACUCACAAACCCAAGAUCACUUAUUCUUCCAUUUGUGGGUGAAAUUUUAACUCAUGAAGAUUCGGAAUUUAGUUUAAUUAAUUUGGAUCAAAUUGGACUUUGUGAUCAAGACUACUUUAGGCUUAACAGAUGUGUGGUAGAAGGUUUGAGGAAGGAUAAUAAGGACCAGAAUAACCCUAAAUUUAACAGACUCUCAAAAUGCAAACAUCAUUUCAUAAUUUAUAACAAAUGUGUAAACAAAAGAGAUGUAACAAUAGAUAAACAAAUUUUAAAGCAUGAAUUAAAUCAUUUAAAAGAUUUAAAUGAGAAUCAAAGAGAAGAAUAUUUCAAAAGAGUUGAGAAGGUUAUUAGUGAAUGUUAUUCUCAAAUGGAUUCCUGUAAGGAACAGACUGAAAAAUACGCCCUUAAUAGGAAGAUAAAGUUAAUGGAGGAAAGGAACUUUUGUUUCUUUAUUGUAACCAAUGUAAUAUAA